AUGGAGACUCUUCACCUUUCGUCCCAGGUUACAGACUGCGGGGGCGGGUUUCUCAGCCUUGUCGAAGCGCUGAAGCAUGCCCCCCACUUCGCAACGCAAACGUCACCAGGGAAAGUCAAUGAUGAGUUCGAUAGGUUCAAGAUAUGGGCUGGGAAUGUUGCCGCCCACCGCAAAGGGCGUCGAAGCCUCGAGUACCGCCUUCGCGAUGCUGAGCACCUCAAGAACGAAGCGCAGAAUCUUCUUACAGCCUUGCAGGAGUCUUUAAACCAUGGCUUGAGUAUUGUGAAAGGAGAAAGAGUUCCCUGGGAUGAAAUGUCCGACUCUGACACAGAUUCCGAGCCUGAAGCCGGAUCAUCAGAGAUCAAGGCUGAGCUAUUGGUCGGCGACACGGAAUUGAAGCAGAUAUUUGCUGCGAUCCGGGAUACUAUCACUUGUCUUUUUCGAUUGUCAAUGGCUAUCCGAGAUCCCGCUCCCAACACCCAGUCCGGCAGUACGAUAAUAGUCGACAAGUCGUACUUCGAGCACUACGAUAUCGAACACGUGAAAGAAAAACUCCCCGGAUGCGACAAAGAUUUGACCGAGCGACUUGGAAGAGCCAUUUCAGCUCGGCGCCAGUAUCUAAACUACCGCGAGGAGCAUCACAGGAAGCUGACGAAAGGGAUUGAGAAGCUAGGAUUUGAGGAGCCGAAAACUGAACACACAGCAAACAGCACUGAAGCCUCACCAAUGCCAAAACUUCUCAGUGUUUCCAAAGACGCUAACGAGGUGAUGGAUGAUAAGGUGAUGGAUGACGGUGAUGAUGGGUUAUCUCAAACCUCGUACGCGACAUCAAUCAAUGCGACGUUGAAAGUGCCGUCUUUGCCGAGGGUGGCCCAGGAGAACGAAUGCUAUGAAUGCCCGCUGUGCUUUAUGAUAUUAUCUAUUCGCACAAAGCCGGCUUGGAAGAAACACGUGUAUCGCGAUCUUCAUCCUUACUGCUGUACCUUCAAGCAUUGCACGACAGCAGACCGCCUCUAUGAUUCUCGACGUGCAUGGUUUAAGCACGAGAUGGAAGCCCAUAGAACUCUCUGGCAAUGCAUCGAGGGUUGCGAGAAAGACUUCUCCUCUGAGAGAGACUUUGUUGAGCAUGCCCAGCAAGUGCAUCCCGAAGUAGCAACAAAGGACGCCAUUUCGAUCCUCAAACGGACGUCGAUACGAAGCGCAAAUAGCAUGCAGCAUACCAACUGUCCGAUAUGCAACGAGUCUCUAAGUCUCCACGCGCUCCAGAAACAUCUCGGACGCCAUCAAGAACAACUUGCGUUGUUCGCUCUACCUGCUAGUGUCGAUGAUGCCGACGAUGAUGAUGAUGCCAAC